CUCUAGCAUUGACACUGAUUGUGUAUUUUGAUUUAUCCUUCUUGAAAGUGGUUUUAGGAAGCCAGUGGUUAUAAAACCAUGGGUUUUAAGCAUAACUACAGUAUAAUUAAAGUACAUAUUAUUUGACGUUUUUGACUUUGGCUUUAUGCCUUCACAGGAAGACUAAAAUGCGUGAACAGGCCUGUGAUUCUCUAACAUUGUAUGAUCCUAUGUAGUAAAAUGUAAUUUUGCUUUAAAUUUGUCUCAAAUUAUGUAUGCUGCUUUUUUUUUUAAAUGUCUUUGAAAUGAGUACAAAAAAGAACAAAAAAGUAUUAUUUAAUUGCUUUAAACACGUAUUUUGCUGCAGGGUCUUUGGGCACAUUUUAAGUGUUUAAACGUCAGGUUAACGUUCAGAUAUAAAUUCUUUGCCCGUUAUUGUAAAUACGAAUGCAUGCUUUUGACGAAAAUAUUUAGUGAAGUCAUUUACGAUCGUGUAAUAAAUUAAAUACAAAUUUCAUACAUGUACACUGCCAUAUCAUAUAUCUCGGACACGUACUUCCGGUGGUAACGGAAGUACCCGCUGCACGUCCAUUAAAAGCAAAAUUAAUGGCUUUUGUAUAAAAUGCUGUCAAAUUUUGAAGAACCGCGGAGAAAUUAAGAGUUGUGAUGCUUGAUAUCGAACAAAGAGGCAGCGAGCAGCAUACGUGAGCGGACACUGGAGUUAAUUCUCCCAUAUGAAGGUACAUGAUGCUUUUGUCGGGCUCUUUGUGUUUAUGCAGAUCCUCAGACUCACGGGCUCUGUCUCAAACCAAGUCAGCUGUCUGCAGGCACAACCAUUCUGGGCAUUUUUAAGUGCAUUCGAACGUCUGCGUUAUUAACGCGACUAUGAUGACCGAAAUUGAGGCUGCGCGCUCGGGUUUCUGACAGCCGUAUUGUUUUUAAAGAUAAAUACAGACAUCAAUGGCGCCAUGUAUAGUAAAACUGAUCACAACAGAGCUAAUGUGGUAAACGAUGCGUGUGGGCGGUGAUCUCGUGUAGUUGUUGUUGACAGGGGUGUGUCUUCAGGUUAGUCCACUAAUAAUAAUAAAAAAAGUAAUGAUAAAAGUACCCUGGUAAUUCCAUGUUUUUGUUUUGUUUUUUAAACAUUGACCAUGGCAAUACCAUGGUAUUCUUAAAAAUACCUUGAAAUAUCAUGUACAUGUUGUGGUAAAUGAAUAUGCUAAUCAUUCAAUACCACUAUACCAUAAUGUCACAGUACUUUAUUGUAAGUGAUUAGACGAUCACACUUGAGUAUAGUAAUCUAUUGGUUAAGUAAUGUCUAUACAGGUGUGAAACCUGUAAAAAUGCUUUUAUUUUGCUUUUUUUAUUUUAAAAGAUACCGUAUUAAUAUUAAUAUUAUUUAAAUUCUGUCAUGAUUUACUCACCUUCGUGAGUUCCAAACCCGUAAGACUUUCGUUCAUCUUCCAAACACAAAUAAAGAUAUUUUUAAUGAAACCAGAGAUUUCUGUCCCAUUCCAUCACAAUUUUGACACUACAAAAAUACAUUCCUAAAGACUAUGAAUUAAUUGAAUAUUCAUCCAAGUAUUCUGAGGAGAAGCGAUCACAUUACAAUAAACAGAUUUAUUCACAUUUAAACAUUAAUCAUCGCACACACAUAAAACACAUAAAUUAUGGUAAAACGGAAGCUCGGCGACAUGAGGUUGAGUAAUUGAUGACAGAUUUAAAAUUUUUACAUGAACUAACACUUUAUAUGAAGUUGUUGUUUAAUUAUUGAAACUUAGGACUGAACGCUGCGAUUUUUUUUUUUUUUUUUUUUUGCGCAGCUUUUCAGAGCUGUACGGCUCUGUGAUCAGUAGUAAAUGCUUCUCCAUCUGAAAGCCAGAGGGCGCUCUCGCGCAGAAAAUCCAAAUAUGCCCUGCCGUGGAAGUAGAUAACACACGUCAUUCCAGGAAAUCCCUACUAUACUGUUGCUGUAGCUGAAUAAACUGAAGAUUGAAAUGCUUUGAUUAAACAUGACUAAUAAACACACGACUGCCUUAUUCUGUGUAAGAAGCCACAUCAUCUCACAGAAGGAUGCUCAACUGUCGUUAUGAAGGGAGGAGGCUCAACAUGGAGGACUGCUUACACACUUCCUCCGACAACCUCGCUAAACUGGUGAAAUGGGCCCACAGUCAUGGAACAAUCUGCACCUUGAUCCCCAACCUAAAACACAUGCUCAAUGAGGGCUCUCACGGCACCCUUACGGCCCUGUGGGGCUGCAGCGCCGGUCACGCCUACCACUGGCCACUCAAUACCACCUGCAAAACGGGAAACAAGGAACGGAUGUGCUACCAAGAAAGCCGAAGCAUCAACACGGACAGUAUGAUUCAGGCAGCUGCCGUCAUGCAAAACACCUCAGCAGAGCGCUUCCUCGGCAGUGCCGGAAAAAACAAGGGCGAUUCCAGCCAAGGAGAUUCCAGUCAGAUUCACGACUCUUGUGACAUUUCCAACUGCAGCGAACCUUCUGAGAUGGACGAUAAUGGCGAGGAGUACAAUAACAACCUGUACGACAUCGUCUGCGAGUCGUCGGCCACCGACGAAGACGGCGACUCUGAUUUCAACCAAACCUCUAACGUCACACACAGGAAAAGAGCCGGCAAAGGACCAGGACCUGAGGACAGCACUGACCCGGCGUUGAAGAAAAUCAAACAAGAGAGGGGUGAAGACUAUUACAGUGUGGCCAACCCACAGAUACCUGGCAGCUCGGAGGGAAACCGCUCUACUGGAGGCAUUACACAGUCGCCCAAGUCAAACCUUCACAACAGACCGUCAUCUAGGUCUUCGAUGUCCCAGAAGCCUUCCUCUGUAGACGGCGAUUCCAUGGCGGUGUCCUCGUCACCGUUGGACAACUCUCCUACAUCCAUGAUCAAACCCUUGCGCGCGCCUUUCCAUGUUACUCAGAACAAAAUGCACAUGAACUCGAACCCAGCAUGCAGUCAAAGUUUGGCAGCCUUACCUCAUUCUGGAAGGAUUGACGCUAUGGGGGUGCUACACCGGGACGAAUAUCCCAGAUCUUCUUUGUCUUACGGAGAGGCUUCAAUUGGUGUAAACCCUGAAAUGGAUCUUCUAGCAACGCAGGCACUUAGUACAGAAGUUAGAGCAGACAACACAGGUUCACACGAGAAGAUGGAUUAUGCUGUGAUUUUGAAAGCCCUCCAUGAGCAUCUAGUUCCUGCUGCACACAGUUCAGAAGAGCAGUUCUGCCCAUCAGAUCUCAGUCCAAACAGUGAGAGGUAUUUUGAAGAGAGAAAACACCUGGAAGAGUUUAUAACAAGCAUAGAUACUAUAACCCUACAAAACCUGCAGACAGUCAUUGAUCGGAUCCUCGUCUUUCACGAGCGAACGCAGAUGCCGCUGUCCAGUCCGGCCAGACUGGGAGAGCAGGAGCUGUUUCCAGGAAGCGGACUCUAUCUGCCACACUACAAACUGGCAUCCAUGCUGCAGGAGUCACGGCAGGACAGCAUGAGACUCUUCCACCUGCUGUUCGAGCACUUCUUCAGCGAGGAGGAUCUUAACGGGGCGGUCGCUUUUGGGAAGAGGGGAAAAGUACCUGACGGCAAAAAGAUCCUGGACAGAAGAAGAGUGGAUGGGAUUAUGUCAUAUGUUCUGCGUUGUUCUACGAUUGACGGAUGGACACCUGUGGAAUCAUCUAAGCUGAAGAAGGCUUGUAUUAAUAAAUGCAGGCUUCGAAUCGGUCAGAAAAAGAAGCAAGAAUCUUCUCAAGAGUCCUUUAUUUUUUGUGACGAACAAUCUUCAGGCAAAAAUGACCCUUCUUAUAUGUAAUUGCUAAUACCCAAAAAUUUCCAAUCACAGGAAAAUGCUAUUAUUAUACAUACAGUUGAAAGGAAACAUUGUUUUGCCUAGUGAUUGAAUGGAAGCUACCGAUCGGUGUCUUGGACAUGAACGAAUCAGUUUGGAAUCGUUAAAUGCUGAUUCAGUUCAGCUACAGCACUAAGAGAUAAAAAAGUCACGGUCAGACAAAUGAACUAUUUCCAUUUCAUUCGUUUCAACAAAAAACCAACAUUAUCUAUACUGUGAUAGUUACUGACUAUUGACUCGUUUAGUCAAAACAAACCUGUUUAUAACCAUUUAAAAUAACUUUAGGAUAGUCUAGUGCUUAUUCAUGUUAGUCAUGUAGCAUUGUAACAAUCAAAACAAGACAUUUUGAGUUUUGUCAAACCAUUCUGAUGGUUUUUACUCAUACCCAAUAUAUUUAAAUAUCAAAGUGUGAAUUAUCACCAUAUCAAAACCACCUUAAACUGUAUUUUAUUGCCUUUUUUCUUCCUUUUUCCUCUGCUCCUCUGAUUUAUCAAUCAACAUCCCACUAAAUUGAUGAUAUCCUCAUUACAUGCUUGUGCAUGACUGACAGGACAUUGACUUAAAAGGUUUAUAACCAUUCCACAGUUUUAUUACUCAAUAUGUUUCGUAAAUUUGUAAUUUUUACCUAGGUGAUAUCCUAUCCAUCUUAUUUUGCGAUGCAUACGUAAGCUGUUUUCUAUGAAUGUGUGAGACUUCCAAUUCAUUAGCUGCUAUAGGUAAAUAACUAGAAGAACAACAAAGUGCAGUAAAAGGUCAAAAUAUUUGCGCUACAAACCAGUGUUUAUAAUUACGACAAUACAUUAAAGGGGCUAGAUGAAAGGUUUUUUUUAUUUAUUUUUUUUUUUUAUUGCCAAUGUCUGAACAGCUUGUAACUAAAUUUAAAAACGAGACCUUCGCCAGCUUCCUAGUUUGUCUAUAAAAACCUGUGGACUGAUUUUUAUGUGAAGGACUUGGAUGUUUUUUCUAGGACAAUCCAAAAGCCGCCUUUCCACUAUCUCCGACAAGCGACAGACCGGAAGACAUUCAUUUCCAAUGGAGAGUAGUACAGUAGCUUCCUGGAGUUCCGAUCAUAUCCAUAUGUGGAAAUUUUGGAUCCGAUUUGAGCUUCGGAUGCGUUAAAAAAUAUAAAACUUCUGCGGCUACACCGUAUGCGACCGGCUGACUGGAUGUGAUGUAUUCUAAUCAAAACUAUGAGCAAGAAGUUAGAAUUACCAAAAUUUUUCCACUUAAAUGUUAUUCUGUAAAUACUAUUUCUCUAAAAUGGCGGUUAUUAAUUAUGGCAAAAAUAAUUAUUUUAUAAUUACUAAAUCAUUAUUUAUGUUGAUUAGCUCUAUAAAAUCUGUUAUGUUUUUAUUUUAGACAUAUUGGGGGUCAUUUGUUUUGUGUGGAUAUAUUCACACAUGUAUUAAAUUAAUUAAAAUCAUUCAUUUUACCAUGGUGAAUAAGCCGAGGGUAACUGUUGCUUCAUGACCAAUUUCAGUUCCGUGCAACUGCCGCUUGUGGGUGAAAUGCGACAAUCGUAUGUGAAUGUUCGAUAUAGUGGAAAGGCGGCUAAAGGAUGUGACGUUUACGCACGCUCCCAAAAGAGCCAUUCCAUAGUGUAAUGUCAAUGUGUCACGCAAAGAAAAGGGUUUAAUUCAAACUAGUCUCACAUAGCCACAUCUAUAUAGUCUGUAGUCUCAAAUAUACUUUAUAAUCAAACUAUCAUAACAGUGUAACUUUAUUUACCUCAUCUAUCGACAUGAUGCCGGUGAAUUUGCAGAGCUUGUGCAAACAUAUCCACAUGGCUAUGAUCAGAUGCUUUCUUAACUGCUGCUUUCUCACCACUGUCAUUUUUGUUGUUUAUUUUGUUAUUAAAGGAAGGCACGCAGCAAAUAUUUACAUAUUCAUCUAAACGUCACUCUCAGCAGCGUGGAUGGCAUCUGGAUGUUCGUUAACAGUAUAUCGCUGCAAAGGUAUUUCCAGCUUCUUUUUACUACUAAAUGAAGAACGAAAAAGAACUUCACCGGCAUUGAAUCACGUUCAGUCUCUUGUACGUUAUGCGUGCACGAGUGCGAGCACAAGCAAUAAGUCGCUGGCUGCAGUUCACUUAAUGACCACCGGUGUCACUAAUAACAAGGGUUUCUGAGCUCUACAUAUAGCCCCUUUAAAAAUAAUAUGGUAAGUAAAUACCAGUUUGCAAUAUCAAGCAGCAUAAUGAGAUGUUUUUGUACAGCUAAAAAUAACUGGAAGCGGACGAGACCGCCACUAUUACAUCAAAAAUAAGGUGGAUAGGCCACUUAGCAUAUAGCAACGUAUAAAAUUACUGCCAGGAAUGUGAGAUUCAUUAUAAACAACCAGACAAUUAACAAUUUCUGUGUAAAAGAUGUUUCUUACUGUCUGUGAGGUGUUGAAAUGAGUCUAUAUAGUGAAAAGGUCACUCAAGGGCUCACAAACUUCUGAUGUGUAAUGAAAUUCUUUGGCAUUAGUAAAGCAGACUUUAAAUCAUUGAAAGGCUCGUUAGGUUCGAGACCUUUCACAACCAAGUAUUAUGUUUCUUAUGAACCUUGAAAGGUAGAUCACAUUGUCCACAAAUGUUUACUAUAAAAGAGAAAAAUUGACAUUAGAAUUUAGUAUGGUUAUGAAAGGUCAGUCUUUUCAUAAUGGUUAGGAAGUCUUCACCUGACCAGUUUUUAAAGUUUUGUUUUUGUACCGACUUGAUGCUGAACUUGUCCUUAUUUUAGCACUUCUACAAAGACUGACGACUGAUGUUUAUUUUCAAGUGUGUAAAUACUCGAUCAUCCUGGUGUGUCUUAUGUGGUCUUAUUUGUCAUUUUAUGAUGCGUUAUAAUAAAAUCAAUGACCAAA